AUGAUCCCUUACUUUAAAGCUAAUUUACUUAAUGUCUAAAAUGCUCCAGAGAAGAAUGAUAUUGAUAAAAUUGGAUCUUAUUUGAAGAAAAUUAUUGAUUGUAAAGAUCAUAGUAAGAUUGACAGAAGGAUUCUGAAGUAUAUUGAUUUAUCAGACCACGAUUAGGAACUUAAAGUCAAGACAGUAGACAAUAAAAUAACUGCCUAAACUCACCAUGUAGUGACUAGGAACUAGUUUGGAGUAGUUAAGUUAAUAUUGAACCUCCUUUGA